ACUGAUGUUUACAAGUUUUACUCGAAUGUUAUACGAAAAGUACAGCAUGAUGUGGAUCUGUUGACCGCCGCGAAUUCGGAGCUGCGCGUGCGCUUGAACGAUUUCAAUGAGCGUCUAAACGAUCAACGUGAUUUGAUAUCGGAACUGCGUGCGAAGGUGAACAAUACGCAUGCGAAUGUCAUGUACGAGAAAGAUCAAAUUCAUUUUCCCACAACACCUAAAAUUGAUGUACGCGAUAUAUUUAGUAUACCAGAGACCUCAAAUUCAGCAGCAGAUACAUGUUCUGGUCGUCAACGUUUGCCUCAAAAUUGCGCUGAGGCCACAGCCAAUAAUUGUAAAAGUGGUCGUUACACGAUACAAGACUAUUUAGCUGGUUCAACUCCCUUUUGGGUUUCUUGCGAUGAGGACCUUUACGGUGGCGCAUGGACCGUUAUACAACGACGCAUUGAUGGCGCAAUCGACUUCGAUCGCAAUUGGGCUGAGUAUAAAGAGGGUUUCGGCAAAAUCGAAGGUGAAUUUUGGAUUGGUUUAGAUCGGCUUUAAGCCAUAACAACUCGCAAUGCGCAAGAGCUUCUCAUCGUUAUGGAAGACUUUGAUAACGUGCGUCGCCAUGCGAGCUACGAUGAGUUUGCCAUUGAUGAUGAGAGUGAGGCUUAUGUGUUGAAAGUGCUAGGAAAUUUUAGUGGAGAUGCUGGUGAUUCACUGACGGCACACGUAGCUAACAAAUGGAGCACACUAGAUCGGGAUAAUGACAGAGCGCCGGAGCAUUGUGCGCAAAAGUACAGAGGCGCUUGGUGGUAUGAAAAGUGCCAUUUGAGCAACUUGAAUGGUUUGUACCUACGUGGUGCUUAUCCGCAAGAAAAGUUUGCUGAAGGCAUUGUCUGGCAUGCGUUUCGAGGCUACAAUUAUGCAUUGAAAUUUACACAGAUGAUGAUAAGACCGCGAAGAUCAUAA